CUCCCGUAAAACACGUUAACGUUGCUCCUAACGAACUUAAUGUAACGUUAACGUUACUGUUGUAUCGUGAGUUUUAACUAAUGAUAAUAAACCUACCUACUGUCAUCGUCACGCCUUCGUUUUGUGGGACUAACAACAACAACAACAACAACAACAACAAGUUAACAGGCUAGUGGUGGAAGUUGAAGAUGUUUUGUGAAAGUUUUGACAAACAAUCCUCAACUCAAAGUUCAUUUAUAGAUUGUUUUCCCGAGCUGUCAACAGAAUCACACGGUCUUCAUCAGCAGAUGGAUCUGUUGCAUCUCAGUUGCUUUUUGUUUUAUUUCACUCUCUGAUUGUGAUCAUCAUGGCGUCCAUUACCGAUCCAAACACGAGUAACGGAUUCACUAGUGCAAUCGAGGAGAUCCACAACAAACAACUUAAAACAUUUGGGGAGAUAAGUGACAUGACUACAGAGUUGUGCCAGUCCCACAGACACUUUCUGAAGUCUGCACUUGGUACAUGUUUAAAGAAAUGUAAGGAUGAUGAGAUGCUGUUUGACACGAUACAGACAUUCAAAAAAGACUUGGUACAGAGAAAUGCGUCAUUGAACGGGAAACAGCAUGCCAUUUCUGAAUUGAUAUCUGAGAUUCAGCAGAAGGAGAUGCAGAAAGACGACAUCAUCCAGAAGAUAGAGAAACUUAAAGAAGAACAAGUCAAGAGAAAAGACUUAAUCAGGUCUCAGAAUAAAGCAAACAAAGACAGACUGAGGAAUCUCCAGAAAGCCAGAGUAGUCUUUCAAGACCAUUUGGGGAUGGAGAUGCGAACAAUCCACGGCAAAACACAAUUGGUUAAAGGUGAAAAGCUGCAGUUUGUUUUCCGCAAUAUCAACCCGUCAGAUCAGGACAGCGCCUACGUUGUCACAAUGGGGAUUAAAGACGGGUUAUACCAGAUUGUGUCCAGUGACCCCGUGCUCGAGUGUUUGCCCGUCUUGGAAAGCCGGCUUCAGGAGACCAAUAACUUAGCAGCAUUCCUGGCAAACGUCAGGAAGGAGUUUAUCUCUCAGGCACGCUGCUAAGAUUGGAAGGAUAAAAUACCAUGCAAUGAAGGUUUUGCUGCAAUGUGGACUAAUGUAAGUAAGGAGCCCAGCGUUCAGUCUGUAAAUACAGUACAGGUCUGUCAACAAAACAUCAACUGCCGUGUCAAGAUAUACAUUUAAUUUACAUUUCUGUGGGCAAUAAGUAAAAAGCUAAAUUAAAAAAUCUUGACUUCUUACUACAUAAACACUGGUGUUCAUUUAUUCACAAGUGUCCUGAGCUUUGUCGUGUUGCAUAUUUGGCAUUGUUUCAAACCCUGGAGAUUGGCGUCAAGAGAACAGGUGUUCUGGGGUAAAUUUCACCUGAAAAAUUCACCAGUUUACUGUAGAUGUUGUUCUUCAGAAGUAAAGAUGAAUAAAGUAAUUGAUCACUCA